GAUUAUAGCAGUAGAACGUAAUAAAGAAUGUAAGGAAUGAAACUAGAGAAAUAUGCUGAAAACCCUGAAAAGCAAGAGGAAGAGGGUAUCCAAAAUACCAGCUCAAGCUGACUCACAGCCCCUGGAUACAACUUCCUCCCAGUUGCCCAGCUUCUUGGCUUCCGGUACAACUUCUGAUAUCACUGAUGAUGAAAAGACGGAUAGAGGUGUGAAAACUGAACACCUGCCACCUAAAACUAUUACGAAUGGUUCUUGUGCUGAGUUGAAUUUGAGUGCUACGCAGAGUUUUUUAGAAGACGAUAGUUUCAUAGAAAACAUUGACUGGAAUCAGAUCGAGAAACAACUGGAGACAGCAGACUUCACCUCACCUCCUCAGACUAAGGCAUCUCAGUUCCAAAUUCCUGGUUUCGCCGAGAAAGAUAAAAAAAUGAAGUUCAAGUCUCCAAUUGCAAACAAGAAUCUCUCUCAAACCGGAGCCCGAUCACCAAUCUCGCACCAGACCCCUUCGAGAUCACCACUUUCAAAACUCUCCCGACUAAGUCAGUCCUCCUCUCCACAUCAGAAUAACAAUAGUUCCAGGGAAAAAACUCCCGAAACAAACACCUCAGCUGAUGUCCUUAAGGCGGUUAAAAACUCUAAGAGCAUAGAUAGAACUCCAGAAAACACAAAAACGGCACCGUCAUUACAACACUCCGACAAGAAAAUCAAGAGACUAGAGACCACCCCAAUACGAGCUGUACCUACUAGAGUCAAACAGCUGGAUAAAGAAAGCCCCACACUGUUUUCCAGCUCUCACACAACCAGCUCAGACUCAUCUCUAGAACAAACCAAACCCCCGGCCACACCAAAACAACCAAAACAGUCCCCUCAGCUGGACAUAUCAGACUCAUUCAGCAGUUCUUUCCUCUUCACGCCCAUGAAAGGAGGCACACAGAGACAGCUGUACAGCACGGGCCUAAUGAGUCCGUACUCUUCUAAAAGUGACGAGACGGUGAGGCUGGGUGUCCCGGAGGAGGUCUUUAAGUUGAUAGAUAAGAUCCGGGGUAUAAAAUCACUGUAUCCGUGGCAACAGAAGACUGUGUCUGCUUGUCUCCGCUCUGGAGGUAACCACAUUGUCACGUGCCCCACAUCUGGCGGGAAGACUCUGGUUGGGGAACUGCUACUUCUUAACGCUCUACUAACGCGCUGCACUGAUGCUCUUCUUGUUCUACCUUACGUUGCUCUUGUGGAGGAAAAAGUGAGAGAACUGGCGGAGUUUGCUGAACACUUCUCCUUUGGUUUGGAAAGGUAUGCUGGCAGCAGGGGCAGGUUCCCUCCUAGGAAACGCAGGAAUAAACGCGCUGUUUACGUCGCAACCAUCGAAAAAGCAAACUCCUUGUUCAACUCCCUGUACGAAGAGGGGCGAUGCAGUGAACUAGGAUUAGUUGUAGUGGAUGAGAUUCAUAUGAUAGGUGACGGUUACAGAGGGGCUAUCCUCGAGACCUGUCUGACUAAACUGCUGUCAUUGAAAUCAGGGCCCCGUAUAAUCGGAAUGACGGCUACGUUGAGCAACCACCAGGAAAUAGCGGGGUUUAUGAAGUGCAGCAUGGAGCAUACAGGGGGUCCCCGACCAGUUACUCUCGACGAGCAUGUCAAGAUGGGAGAUACCAUCUUCAAGGUGGAUAAGAAGAAAGGAGAGUUAGUAGCAGUGAGACAGUCCACACCCUUAUCAUCACCUGUUAACACCAAUACACUAGACAAGGACUGUGUCGCUUCACUUGUACAGGAAGUUCUACCAGAACGAGUUUUGGUGUUCUGUCCAACAAAGAACUCCUGCGAAACAACAGCCCGAAUGUUAACCAACACCCUGCCUUGCGCAGGAAAUGAGAUGAAGCACAAGAGAACUAUUCUAAUAGAUCGCAUCAAACUGGAAACUGGUCAUAUGGAUAAUGCUUUCUCUGACAUGCUCUCUUCUGGUGUGUCCUACCACCACAGCGGUUUGACAGCAGAUGAGAGAGUUCUGGUGGAAGAAGCGUUCAGCACAGGAGUUCUCUCUGUUCUGUGCUGUACCUCAACAUUAGCUGCAGGGGUGAACCUUCCCGCUUCUAGAGUGAUUAUACGGAGUGUGAAGAUAGGGUCGAGUAUUUUGACCAGAACUCGGUAUCUCCAGAUGGUUGGCAGGGCUGGUAGAACAGGAUUGUCAGCCACAGGGGCCAGUUUCCUGUUGGGCAGUGUAUUAGAGAAGAAGAUCCUUAACGAGCUGGUGUUUGGGAAGAUUGAAGAUGUCAGGAGUUGUUUAGAUGAAGAAUCUCUCGCUCUUACCCUCCUACAUCUCAUCGGAUCAGGUUUGAUACAGAGCUCAGCAGAUCUGGGAAUGUUCAUGAAGAAGACUCUGCUACACCACCAGGCCCCCGACACCUGUCUCACUGUAGCGGACUCCGCUCUUACAUUCCUGCAGGAGUCCAAGUUCGUGGAGCGGGUAGAAGGAAAGAUCCAGCCUACUCAAUUUGGUAAAGCAGUGUACAAAAGCUCGUUAAAUCCUACCAUUUCACACAAAGUAAUGCAAGGAAUCAGAGAAGCAAACAGACACCUCGUUCUACUGGGAGAUCUACAUUUGGUGUACUUGUGUGUUCCUCCUAUCGUUGAGGGCGUGUACGUGGACUGGCAGAUGUAUUUCAGUGCUUUCUCCCAGUUUGACGAGGUUACCCGACUAACCUUCACUGCUGCUGGCCUCCUGGAAUCUUACCUCGCCUGGAGAGCUUUCACUCAGAACUCCUCUGAUAUCGAAAAAGAAGUGCCCUACAAGAGAUUCUACGUAGCAGGAGCACUCCACAAGCUGAUCUCAGGGGUACCAUCCUGGAAAGUUAGUGCUCUCUUCAAGAUCCCUCGGGGGACUCUACAGUCUGCUCUUAGUUCUGUUAUAUCUCACGCCAGCAAACUGGCUCAUUUUACCAAGGAGUUGCCGGAUUAUUGGGCACUCUCUUCUGUUUUUGAUGCUUUGGUACAGAAACUCUUCUUUGCUGGCUCUCCCGAACUUGCUCAAAUUCUUGAGAUUCCUGGUAUCAAACACGCUCGGGCAAAGCAGCUCCACAAAGCAGGAUAUAAAUCACUCCAAAAACUGGCAGCUGCGGAACCUAUACUCCUGUCCUCCGACAUCGAACAUCUCACACAAAAACAGGCACAAAAGAUCAUAUCAUCAGCAAAAAUAAUGCUUCAAGAGCAAGCUGAUGCGUUGACUGACGCAGCGCUUCAACUUCUGGAGGAAGUUUAGCGAACUGACGAGAUGUGUUGACUGACGCAGCGCUUCAACUUCUGGAUGAAGUAUAGCGAACUGACGAGAUGUGUUGACUGACGCAGCGCUUCAACUUCUGGAGGAAGUAUAGCGAACUGACGAGAUGUGUUGACUGACGCAGCGCUUCAACUUCUGGAGGAAGUAUAGCGAACUGACGAGAUGUGUUGACUGACGCAGCGCUUCAACUUCUGGAGGAAGUAUAGCGAACUGACGAGAUGUGUUGACUGACGCAGCGCUUCAACUUCUUGAUGAAGUAUAGCGAACUGACGAGAUGUGUUGACUGACGCAGCGCUUCAACUUCUGGAGGAAGUAUAGCGAACUGACGAGUCUUACUCCUAGAAUCGUUGUUUUUUAAUGGAUUUAAUUCUGGAGAGCAGAUUAUUGAAUUGGCAAAUAAGUUUGCGAGACUGUUCUUUAAUUUUAAAUCGGUCCCUGUGCAGUGGGCACACUCUAAUUUAUUCUCUGCGAUAUUUUUCCUUGAUGCAUACCAUUUUUAAUCUUUAAUUUAUUAUCACGGGUGGUUUCUGCUCUAAUCUUUCCUUUUGAUUUUGAAAGUACAGUUACUCAUAGUCAUACUGGUCAGGUUAUUAUUAAUUCUCUUGACUAAUGACAUCAACCAGAAUUUUAUGCGAGUUUUAGAAAUUAACUAAGCAUAAUUGGGGGGGGGGGGUGAACUAAUAGUAAUGGAACAUUUAAAACCAUGAAACAGUUUCUCAUAAAUAAAUUAAAUAACAACAUCAUAAUCUAAAUAAUGAAUAAAAAUAAACUAGAUAUUACAACAAUAUUUGUACGUGUUGGUGGCAGAAGUCCAAUUUCACUAUUCUAGAUAAAUUAAAAUGCGAUUAAGUUUUAU